GUUAAUAAAUUGUAAUUUUUAGCAUUGGACUAUGAAAUUGGUGUAAAACUUAUUCUCCAAGUUGCUAAUCAAUAUUGUCAAAUUGAAAUUGACCAUCUAGUGGUCCUAGUGACGAUUCUCGAAUACCAAGUGCGAGUAGAAAAUAGUGUACAAUUGCUGCUGGCACACGCCCCUUUAAUUCAAAAAGAUAAGUUGCUGUGAACACUUGUAUAUUAUUCAUAACACCUAAUAAAAAAUUAAAAUAUCAAAAUGACAGACAGCAAAUAUUUUACCACCACAAAAAAAGGUGAAAUAUUUGAAUUGAAAUCUGAAUUGAAUAGCGAUAAAAAGGAAAAAAAGAGAGAAGCUGUAAAAAAGGUUAUUGCGUCUAUGACGGUUGGUAAAGAUGUGUCUGCUUUAUUUCCUGAUGUUGUGAAUUGUAUGCAAACUGAUAACUUAGAACUGAAGAAACUUGUUUAUUUGUAUUUGAUGAAUUAUGCUAAAAGCAAUCCUGAUAUGGCUAUUAUGGCUGUCAAUACAUUUGUUAAGGAUUGUGAAGAUCCAAAUCCACUAAUACGUGCUUUGGCAGUACGCACUAUGGGUUGUAUCAGAGUUGAGAAAAUAACUGAAUAUCUAUGUGAACCAUUGCGUAAAUGCUUGCGAGACGAAGAUCCAUAUGUACGCAAGACAGCGGCAGUUUGUGUUGCUAAACUUUAUGACAUAAAUGCACAACUAGUUGAUGAUCAAGGAUUUUUGGAACAAUUAAAAGAACUUUUAUCAGACUCUAAUCCUAUGGUGGUUGCUAAUGCUGUUGCUGCUUUAUCUGAAAUGAAUGAAGCUAGUAUCACUGGUUCUCCAUUGAUUGAAAUGAAUUCACAAACUAUUAAUAAACUUUUAACUGCAUUAAAUGAAUGUACAGAAUGGGGUCAAGUAUUUAUUCUUGAUUCGUUGGCUAAUUACAGCCCAAAAGAUGAUCGUGAGGCACAAAGUAUAUGUGAACGAAUAACACCUCGAUUGGCUCAUGCUAAUGCUGCAGUUGUUUUAUCUGCUAUUAAAGUGUUAAUGAAACUAAUGGAAAUGUUGCCAACUGAUUCUGACUUUGUUACUACGUUGACUAAAAAACUUGCUCCACCACUUGUUACUUUAUUAUCUACAGAACCAGAAGUUCAAUAUGUUGCUCUCAGAAAUAUUAAUUUAAUAGUACAAAAGAGGCCUGAUAUACUUAAGCAUGAAAUGAAAGUUUUUUUUGUUAAAUAUAAUGAUCCUAUUUAUGUCAAACUUGAGAAACUGGAUAUUAUGAUACGUUUAGCAUCACAAGCAAACAUAGCUCAAGUUCUUUCAGAACUGAAAGAGUAUGCCACUGAAGUUGAUGUUGAUUUUGUACGAAAAGCAGUUCGUGCAAUUGGUCGAUGUGCAAUUAAAGUAGAGCAGUCUGCUGAACGUUGUGUAUCCACGCUACUGGAUCUUAUACAGACAAAAGUGAACUAUGUAGUUCAAGAAGCAAUUGUUGUUAUUAAAGAUAUAUUCCGAAAAUACCCUAACAAGUAUGAAAGCAUUAUAUCUUUAUUGUGUGAAAACUUGGACACACUUGAUGAACCGGAAGCAAGAGCAUCAAUGAUUUGGAUAAUUGGAGAAUAUGCUGAACGCAUAGAUAAUGCUGAUGAACUAUUAGAAAGCUUUUUGGAAGGUUUUCAUGAUGAAAACACUCAAGUCCAAUUACAGUUAUUAACUGCUAUAGUUAAACUAUUUUUGAAGAGACCUACAGACACUCAAGAAUUAGUUCAACAAGUCUUAAGUUUGGCUACACAAGAUUCAGAUAAUCCUGAUUUACGUGAUCGUGKUUUUAUUUAUUGGAGAUUACUAUCCACUGAUCCGGGUGCUGCCAAAGAUGUUGUACUUGCUGAAAAACCAUUGAUUUCUGAGGAAACAGAUCUUUUAGAGCCAACUUUACUCGAUGAACUUGUUUGUCAUAUUUCUAGUCUAGCCAGUGUUUAUCAUAAGCCUCCAAAUGCAUUUGUUGAAGGACGACCAGGAUUACGAAAAUCUUUACCAGCCAGAAAUGAAAAUGCAUCUGCUAGUAAUGUUCCUCAAGCUGCAGUUAUACCUGCACCACAAGAAUCUUUGAUUGGUGAUCUUCUUAGUAUGGAUCUGACUACUCCAGCUGUUGUUCCAACAUCCGUUCAACCACCUUCUGUUGAUUUAUUGGCUUCUGGAUUAGACUCAUUAUUAACUACAUCUGACUUACCAGCAACUUCAUCAUCAAAUACAGGUUUGCUAGGUGACAUUUUUGGAUUUACACCGACACCAGUAUCUUAUUCUCCACCUAAACAACUUUGGCUACCUAGUGAAAAUGGCAAAGGAUUAGAGAUUAUGGGAACAUUUUCAAGGAAAAAUGGUCAAAUUAGUAUGGACAUGACUCUCAAGAACAAAGCUAUGCAACCAAUGAGUGGAUUUGCUAUUCAGUUGAACAAAAAUUCUUUUGGAUUGACACCAGCUCGUCCGUUACAAGUAUUAAACCCAUUAUUGCCUACGGCAUCUUAUGAAACCAGCUUACCUCUUGCAACUACUGGACUUAUUCAACGAAUGGAACCCAUAACUAAUCUUCAAGUGGCAAUAAAAAAUAAUAUUGAUGUUUUAUAUUUUGCUUGUAUAAUACCAAUGAAUGUAUUCUUUAUCGAAGAUGGUCAAAUGGAUAAGCGAGUAUUUUUGAAAACUUGGAAAGACAUACCUGCAGAGAAUGAAGUGCAAUACACUUUAAAAAAUGUUCUUUGCAACACAGAGGCUAUUGUCUUAAAGAUGUCACAAAAUAACGUGUUUACAAUUGCUAAAAGACAUGUUGAAGGCCAGGAUAUGUUGUAUCAAUCAUUAAAGUUGACAAAUGGCAAUUGGGUGUUGAAUGAGCUUAAAAUUCAGCCAGGAAAUCCAAACAUAACUCUAUCUUUAAAAUUACUAGCUAUGGAAGUCGCACAAGGAGUUUUCCAAGCAUAUGAUUCUAUCCUUCAUUCAUAG